GCGAUCCCCCGUGUAAGAGUGAGGUGGAGGAGGACAUUCCAGUCCAUGUGACCACAGGAAAUCCCAAUAAGAAUUCUGAAGGAAACGUCAUGUUAUCACUAGAUCAUAAAGAAGAAUAUCAGGACAACAUGCAGCGUUCUUCAGGAGGAAACCUCAAUACACUGAUCGGAUAUCCAGGACCUCACAGUGCAGAUCUAUCACAUAAUCCUCCUAAUCAUGAAGAACCUUCUCCUGACCAAUCUCAGAUUGUAACCACAAGUCCAGAUCUGUCAUAUAAUCCUCCUAAUCAUGAGGAACCUUCUCCUGACCAAUCUCAGAUUGUAACCACAAGUACUGGGCAGAAAGGAAGUAAAAGGUUUCAUUGUGAAGAAUGUGGAAAACUGUUUACAAGAAGCUCAGUUCUUUCUGUGCACAGAAGAAUUCACACAGGAGAGAAGCCGUAUUCAUGUUCAGAAUGUGGGAAAUGUUUCACAGACAAAUCAAGUCUCAUUAAACAUCAGAGAAUCCACACAGGAGAGAAGCCAUAUUCAUGUUUAGUAUGUGCGAAAUGUUUUACAGACAAAUCAAGUCUCAUUAAACAUCAGAGACUCCACACAGGAGAGAAGCCAUAUUCAUGUUCAGUGUGUGGUAAAUGUUUCGCAGACAAAUCAAGUUUUAUUAAACAUGAGAAAAUUCACACAGGAGAUAAGCCAUAUUUAUGUUCAGAAUGUGGAAAAUGUUUUAUAAUGAAAUCACAUCUUGACAGUCAUAAGAAAAGUCACACCGAGGAAAAGCCAUAUUCAUGUACAGAAUGUGGGAAAGGUUUCAGAAAUAAAUCAUACUGUGUAGAACAUGAGCAAAUUCACACAGGAGAGAAACUGUAUUCAUGUUCAGAAUGUGGGAAAUGUUUUUCAAGGAAAUCAUAUCUUGUUAGACAUGGGAGAAGUCACACAGGAGAGAAACCAUAUUCAUGUUCAGAAUGUGGGAAAUGUUUUACAAGGAAAUCAUAUCUAGUUGGACAUGGGAGAAGUCACACAGGAGAGAAGCCAUAUUCAUGUUCAGAAUGUGGGAAAUAUUUUACAAGGAAAUCACAUCUUGUUAAACAUGAAAGAAUUCACACCGGAGAGAAGCCAUAUUCAUGUUCAGAGUGUGAGAAAUGUUUCACAGAAAAAUCAAGUCUCCUUAUACAUCAGAGAAUUCACACAGGGCUUAAGCCAUACUCAUGCUCCGAAUGUGGGAAAUGUUUCACAGAAAAUUCAAGUCUUCUUAUACAUCAGAGAACUCACACAGGGCUGAAGCCAUACUCCUGCUCUGAAUGUGGGAAAUGUUUUACCCAGAAAUCACAUCUUAUUAUACAUAAGAGACUUCACACAAGAAAAAAGACACAUUCCUGUUCAGAGUGUGGGAAAUGUUUCACAGAAAAAUCAAGUCUCCUUAUACAUCAGAGAAUUCACACAGCGCUAAAGCCAUAUUCAUGCUCAGAAUGUGGAAAAUGCUUUCUAGAUAAAUCAUAUCUUAUUAAACAUGAGAUAAGUCACAAAGAAGAGAAACCAUAUUCAUGUUCAGACUGUGGGAAAUGUUUUACCCAAAAAUCAUAUCUUGUAAAACAUGAGCGAAUUCACACAGGAGCGAAGCUGUAUUUAUGUUCAGAGUGUGGGAAAUGUUUUACCCAAAAAUCAUAUCUUGUAAAACAUGAGCGAAUUCACACAGGAGAGAAGCCAUAUUCAUGUUCAGAGUGUGGGAAAUGUUUUAGAGAUAAAUCAGAUCUUCUUAUACAUGAGAGAAUUCACACAGGAGAGAAGCCGUAUUCAUGUUCACAUUGUGGUAAAUGUUUUACAAGGAAAUCACAUCUUGUUAUACAUGAGAGAAUUCACACAGGACAGAAGCCAUAUUUAUGUUCAGAGUGUGGAAAAUAUUUUGGUUUGAAGUCAAAUCUUAUAAUACACCAGAGAAUACACACAGGAGAGAAGCCAUAUUCAUGUUCAGAAUGUGGGAAAUGUUUUAUAGAAAAAGCUAAACUUCUUUGUCAUCAGAAAAUUCACACAAAAGAGAAGCCGUAUUAAUAUUGUAUAUUAGAACAAUGAUUGUAAGUAAACAUAAGCUGACAUUGGGGGUUUUACUUUACACAGGAGGCCGUUAUAGUUGUGUCCCCUCCACAGAACAGGGUUUAGGCCUCUUUCACACUUGGAUUGUUUUCUGGUUUUGAGAUCUGUUCAGGAUGCAUCAGAAUGUCUUCCGUUCCGGCAGCAUUCCGCUUUGUGAGCGGACACAAACCUGCUGCAAGCUGCGGUUUUGUGUCCGGUCAUAAAAACGGAUCCAGCACUGAAAACAAUGUAAGUCAAUGGUGGCGGAUCCGUUUUUUUCACCUAUUGACUUUUAAUGUAUUUAGUGAUGAUUUUUAUUUUUUUUUUCCGUUUUUUGAUUUCACACAACCGCAUCCUAAUGGAAGCGAUGCAUCCUGACCUGCAAAAUCAAAAUGCAUCCAUUUAAUUCCAGUAUUGAGAUCCUCUGCCGCAAGUGUGAAAGUAGCCCUACAUGAAGCGUUCCUGACAUAUCUGCACAGUUAUCCCCAUCAUCUGCUGCUCUGUACAUUAUGUGUGACACAGCCGCAUAGUUACCCCCAUCAUCUGCUCUGUACAUUAUGUGUGACACAGCCGCACAGUC